GGUGGUACCACCGAAAAUUCAGUUCCACAAUAAGCGUUCCCAUAAAAACAUUAAAAAAUCUCACCGUUAUUUUUUUUUUAUCAUUAUUAACCCACCAUGAUCUUCGCAGCGAAAUUCGUAGCGAUUGCGGCUCUCGUGGCCCUCGUAUCAUCUGCCCCGGCGGGCAACGAGCCGAAUGCCCCGGAAGUUACCAUCGUGAAGCAGAGUCAGGACGGCCCUAAUCCAGACGGCUCAUACGCAUACAGCUACGAGGCCUCCAACGGCAUCAACGUCGAGGAACAGGGCUCCCUCCAGCCGGCCACCAAUCCCGACGCUGAAAAUAAAGAAGCCAUGAGUGUUCAGGGCAGUUAUUCCUACCCCGAUGACAAUGGCAACAUCAUCCACGUGAACUACAAGGCCGACGAAAAUGGCUUCCAACCAGAGGGUGCACACCUCCCAGUCGCAGCCCCAAUACCAGAAGCCAUUCUCAGGGCCCUCGAGUGGAUCGCUGCACACCCUGAGGAGGAUAAAGCCCAGUAAAUCGAUCUGAAUCGAUUGACUCGAUUGACUCGACUGUCAGUCAAUCUCAAUUGCUCAAGCUGCGUCUAGUGUUUUUUUUUGUUUUUAUUUUUAUACGAAGCAAGCGCGAGGCUGAAUGGACAGUUCGGGGGUUUAUCAGGCGAAUGGAGAGAAAAAUUCAAAGAAUUAAUUACCAGGAAAAAUUAUCGAAUUUGGGAAAAUUAAGGAAAAUUUUGUGAAAUCAAUUUUAAUUACAUUUGGAGUUGGAAAUUAAAUUGGAAGACUUGCUACGAAUUUUUAUGAUUUUUUUUUUCAUCAUGACACUGGGAAAAUUAAUUAUUAAUUAGUAGUCGAUGAUAAUUAAUUAUUAAAUGAUUAAUAAUUCCGUCAAUUGAUUUUUUUUAUGAGAAUUUACAGAGUUUUUCCGAUAGGAAAUUUCAAGCACUCGGUUGAUCGCAAUUGAUAUUAUUAAUUAAUAACGAAUGAUGAUUAUUAAUGGAUAAUUGAUAUUUAUUGAUAAUUUGUUAUUGAUUAAUUAAUAAUUCGGCGAGUCAAUUUUUUCACAAGAAAUUCAAGCGAUUUUUCGAAUGGAAAUUGCAGAUUUUCGAUGGCAAAAACGAAUACGAUUGACGAAAUUAUUAUUCUUGUCUCGAUGCAACAAUCACUUUCUUAACUGUAUUAUUCCAUUAAAAAAUUAAUAAUUUCUCGGAAUUGUUAACUCACAUGAAAAAAUUGUGAAAGUUUUCAAACUCUCAUUAAAUCACUCGAAUUACUCCGUAAUUAUUACCGAAUAUUUCUCUCCAUCUUAAAAAAUCAUUUCGAAUCUCCAUUUUGCCCCACGUGCCCCCACCUCUAGCACAUGUAAUUAAGCCGUCGAAUACAUAUCUUUCGAUAAUAAAGACACGAAUUUAUGAACCUAAAAA